AUGACUUUUAAUGAGUUUAAAAGUCUGAAGUCCCACCCGGCCCAUGUCAACUUUCAGACAGACACUUUUGCUGACUAUGAACUUCUGAGAAUUGCAAUUGGGAAUGGAACUGCCAUUGGAAGAAACUCAAUUGCAUUGGGAGAUGAUACAGAUGCGAGAACAUUAGGAGUGGAAGAAAGUAGACGUGUGGGAAUAGAUGACUUGAGUUAUGACUAUGAUAAUCAUGCAUUCAUACCAAAUGAAGUUGAAGCUGCAACAUUCCAAGAUCUAUCACCCAAACAACCUAAUUCAUAUGUUCCCACUCAAGGCACGAAUGUGGAGCUUCCCUUGGAAAGCAAUGGUCAGACAAAAAGGAAUAGAACUGAGUAUGAGGGGAACACUAGCUCUUUUGAGACCAACACUCGAGCCGAUGUUCUAGAAAGAGUUUCUCUUAGCAUUGAUUCAAUUGCCACAGAUUUUCGGGGAAUCCAUAGCCUUAUGGAAAAAAAGGAAAAAGAGAGUGGUUGCUGGGAUGCUAUCAUGGAAAUCCCAAACUUAGAUAUUGGUGCUUUUCAAUUCAUAUACGUGCUCAGUGGAUGGGAAGGUUCAGCUCAUGAUUCAAAAGUGUUAAAUGAUGCUUUAUCUAAAUAUUUCUUAGUGGAUUGUGGAUUUCCAAAUCGACGUCAAUUUUUAGCUCCAUUUCGAGGUGUACGAUAUCAUCUCCAAGAUUUUGCUGGUCAAGGUCGUGACCCCGAAAACGCAACUGAGUUGUUCAAUCUUCGCCAUGCUUCCUUGAGGAAUGUAAUUGAGAGGAUAUUUGGGAUAUUUAAAUCAAGAUUCACAAUUUUCAAGUCAGCACCUCCAUUCCCAUAUAGGACUCAAGUAGAGCUUGUGUUAGCUUGUGCAGGACUACAUAAUUUUCUUUGUAGGGAAUGUCGUUCUGAUGAAUUUCCUAUUGAACUAGAGAACGAGUCUUCAUCAUCUUCAUCAUUACCAGGGAAUGAAGGAGAUAAUGUGGAACAAGUUUUUGAAACUCAAGAACAACAACGAGAGAAUGCUAAUGAAUGGAGAGUUGGUAUAGCUUCUGACAUGUGGAGAAAUGCCAUGCAAGAUAAUAACGGAACUCAACGGUAAUGAGCAUUGGAAUUUUCAAAAGGAAUUUGUAUUAUGGUUUAUUCACCGUCAUUGAAAUGAA